AUGGUUUCCAAAUUAUUAGAAAAUAAUAAUAACAAACUUUCAAAAAAUUCUAUAAUGGAAGAUAAUUGGAACAGUCAUUCGCAAAUUUCUCUUUCAAAUAAUGGGUUGAUUCCAACUGAUGAAGAAUCAGAUAUGGAUUCUUAUAACCCAAUUACAUUUGAUCAAGAUUCCGUAGAAAUUGAUAAAUUGGAUGAACCCAUUGAUACAACUUCAUUAUAUAAGACCAAAUCGGGACAACAUAACGAGCCUACUUUAGACGAACCUCCAUAUUCAAGAUUUGGUAGAAAGGAGAAAAUAUUCUUAGUCAUUCAAUGUGCAUUUACAGGCUUAUUCUCUUCAAUAGCAGGCUCUAUUUAUUACCCAGUCUUGUCAGUAAUGGAAAAGGAGUUCUAUAUUACCGAAGAACAAGUGAAUGUUUCUGUGGUUGUGUAUUUCAUUUUCCAAGCAUUAUCACCAACUCUAAUGGGGGGGCUGGCAGAUUCGUUAGGAAGAAGACCAGUGGUUCUUUCUUCAAUUGUUUUAUAUUUUUGUGCUUGUAUAGGUUUGGCUCGUUGUACUAAUUAUUCUCAAUUAAUUGGUUUAAGAUGUUUACAAGCAGCUGGGAUUUCUCCGGUUAUUGCCGUAAAUAGUGGUAUUAUGGGUGAUGUUACAACAAAGGCUGAAAGAGGUGGAUAUAUGGGCCUUGUAUCUGGUACUCAAGUCCUAGGGACUGCGUUUGGUGCUUUAAUUGGUGCUGGUCUUUCUUCUAGAUGGAGUUGGAGAUCUAUCUUUUGGUUUUUAGUUAUUGGUUCCGGUAUAUGUUUAAUAGUCUCUAUUAUUGUUUUACCAGAGACAAAGAGAACAGUUGCUGGUAACGGUUCUAUUACUCCAAAAAGUUAUUUAAAUAGAGCACCAAUUUUAACUUUACCUUCAGUAAGAAGAAAAUUACAUUUAGAUUCACCAGAAUAUUCUACCUUAGAAAAGAAAAAUAAAGUGAAUCUAUUAGCCCCAUUUUCUGUCAUGAAAGAUGCAGAGGUUUGUUGUUUAUUACUGGUGGCUGGGCUACAAUAUGCUACUUGGACUACUCAUCAAACUGCUUUAACUACAGCACUAGCUAAAGAUUAUCAUCUACAUGUGGCAAUUAUUGGUGUUUGCUUUUUACCUUCUGGUAUUUGUACCAUGAUUAGUGUUGUUACCACGGGGAGAUACUUAAACUGGAUAUAUUCAAAGAAAUUAGCUGCUCAUAAAGCUUGGUUUGAAGAACAAAGGAAAGAAUUAUUAAAGCAAAAUAAUAAUAAUAUAAGGUAUGUGGAAGAUCUAAUGACAAAUGAUCCAACUUAUACUUUUAACAUUUAUAAGGCAAGAUUGCAACCUGCUUUAGCCACUUUAGUUUGCAGUAGUGCUGGGUUUUGUGCUUUUGGCUGGUGUGUUGAUGUACAUGCUCCAUUAGCUGCUGUGUUGUGUAUGAGUGGAUUUGGUUCAUUAUUUUCGAAUUGUAUUUUAACUAUGUCUACUACAUUGAUUGUGGAUUUAUUCCCUUCAAAGGCCUCGACUGCUACUGGUUGUUUAAAUCUUUUCAGAUGCUCUUUAUCAGCCAUUUUCAUUGCUUGCUUGACUAAGAUGGUAAAACAUAUGACAUAUGGCGGUGUUUUCACCUUUUUAACUUCAAUUACUGGUUUAUCAGCAUUCUUAUUAUUAAUUCCAAUUAGUAUGGGUAAACAAUUAACACACAAAAAACAAUUAGAAAAUGCUAAAUUAUUGAAAAUGGAUCAUAUUGAACCAUUAGGAAACGAUGAAGAUUCUAACAUUUCAAUUCAAGAACAAUACGAUAAACAUUCUUUAAAAUAA